UCGCUUUUGGUAUUUCGGUUAAAUUGAAACGGUCAAAGCUUUUGCACACUUAUACUCGUCUGUAAUUAUCCCAAAAUGGCAUUUAAAUUUGUGACUUUGUGUGCCUUAUUGGCUAUCGUGAAUGCUGGAGGACUUGUCCAUCAUCCAGUCACCUAUACUCAGAUCCAUAAUGUUGCAUCAGCAGACCAGAUCCAUCACCAUGCUCAGCAAUAUUCACAAGGAGUCGAAGGAUCUCAUAUUCAGUAUGUUCCAGCUUUAGCCAAGACAAUUCACUAUACUGCUCCAGUGCAUUCGGGACAAGUUUAUACAGCUCCAGCUUUUACCCAUGUAUCUUAUGGCACUCAAUCGUACGGAAGAAGCUUAGGAUUUAAUGAAGGACCCUCGUCCACACCAUCUUCACAUUCUUCAGAGUCCGAGGAAACAACAACAACUGCUGAACUAUCAACGACUGAAUCAACAACUGCUGAAGCUAAGAGCACUGAGGAGACAUCUCACGCAUCCAAAUCGGCAGAAGCUGAACCAACUCAAGCUUCCUAUCAAUAUGAGCCUUCAACUUCCUCUGGCUACAAGUAUGAAGCUCCAUCUUCUUCUGAAACACAUUCCUCUGGAGUUCCAACUUUCUACAAGUACCACACUUCCCUUCAGCAACACGCAGGAGAUCAUCACGUCGCAUCCGUGCCAUCGUUUGUGAAGUAUGAAGUUCCAGCUCAAACUGUUGUCAAAUACGCUGCGCCAGCUCACUACGCUGCUCCAGCAACUCACUAUGCUGCACCAUCAACUCACUACGCUGCCCCAGCAACUCACUACGCUGCUACUGCUCCUCAUCAAACCCUUGUCCAUUAUACUACUCCAUCGGUUCAGACCGUUUACCAUAAAACUGUUGCUCCCCAAGCCGUUCACGUCAAGUAUGCCAGUCCUGAACCAGCAGUCUAUACAUCUUUCGGCGAACAUCCCCCAGCUGUCUACAGCCAUCAUACUGCCGUACCAGCUACAACUGUCCACCACACUUAUGCCGCUCCUCAACCCAGUUUUAUCAAGUACGCCGCUCCAGUUUCGAACCCAGGACAGGUUACCUAUGUCGCUGCAGCCCCAACUGUCUACACCAAAUAUGGCGUCACAGCUGAGUCUGCUUCUCACGCCAGCCAUCUUGCUCCAGCACCAACUGGCUUCAUUAAAUACGGUUCCCCAGCCACAAUUACUACCUAUACAGCUCCACAACAUUCAGCUGAGUCUUCUUCCACCAAAUUGUUCAAAUACAAUGGUCCAUCAUUCCAAACCCACUCUGUUGAAUCUUCAACAGAAAGUCAAUCCCAAUCGCAGUCGUCAAAUGAGGAAAACAAAGACAGUGUUGAAGUUAAGAAUCCAGAAAGCACCACAGCUUCAUACCAGACUUCAGGAGCAUAUCUGCCUCCAUCAGCUUCUCAAUUGAUUUCUCAUCAAAACUAUGAAGUUCCAUCAUCAGCUGAAGCCCAGUACAAUCAUCAACAAGAGUCUGCAAGGAGUCUAUCAAACGAACACAACUUGUGGUCCACAGAUGGAGCUUCUUCCCACGUUAGCUUCAAGGGAUUCGGAACUUCAUAUGGAUAUUAAGUUUACCUAGAAGCUGGGCCUUUUAUUUUGUAUUCCUUAAACUACAACUGUUGCUUAGUUUUAAGAAUGUUAUAGAAUUUCUAUGUUUAUCAAAUUUGUUUAUUUUAUUUGUAUGUAAUAAAUAGUAAGCGUUUUGCAAUAUACAAA